AUGGCAAAGAACAUCAUUGAGUAUGCACAACGUUACUAUGACGAGCACGAGGACACACCCCAUCUGCGCUGGAACGGCCGACAGAUCCGCAAUGCUUUUCAGAUUGCUUCCUCGCUUGCACACUACAACAUGAACAGGGCAUCUCUCAGUUCGGGUAACCUUGUAGCCGGCCAAGUGGCAUCACCUGUGCUAGAUGAAAGACAGUUUGAAAACGUUGCUUUGGCGAUUGAGCAAUCCGGCAAUUAUAUGGACUAUACCAGAACAAUGACUGAUGCAGAUCAAGCAAGAAUUGACACACUUCGUGCUAACCAUAUGCGGAAUGAAGACUUCACCCCACGACGACGCGACUACCCCCGAAUAAGAUACCGGAGAGAAGAACAACGAAGGGCAAGAGAUCAGGUUCCAUCUGCAAGACCUACACGACAUAGGGAAAGCGGCUUGGGCGGCCAGUCAGAAGCGCCGGUCAGAAGUCCAAGACCUCGUGCGCCAGCAGGACCACCAGGUGGACCAUCAGUUUCUGGUCGGGCAUCUCAGCGACCAAGAUAUGACUCCGAUAAUAUGUAUGAAGAGGAGGAUGAGUUUAGCGAUGAAAGAGACUUUGAGGCGUCUGACCAAAACUGGAGAAAUAGAGCUGGUGUGGGUAGCCGUGAGGAGGAGGAUGACGAUGAUUUCAGCGAACCCACGGAUGGGAGCUCGAAAAGACCUUUCUCCAGCUAG